CUUCCGGUAGUGCAUUGUCAAAAUAUUUUGGUCGUCCUGUUUUUCCGGUAGUUUUUCGCUUUUAUUGACAUUCGCUUUUGUUUUGUUGUUGUCUGCUUUGUGCUGCAUGCUUUACGAUAAAAAUUGCGAAUAGGUAUUUUGCGAUUUUUUCGUACAAAUACGUCCAAAAUGUUUAAAAAGUUUGAAGAAAAGGAAAGCGUUUCCUCUCUACAGCAGCUGAAGUCGUCUGUGCAGAAAGGCAUCCGUGCGAGACUGUUGGAAACGUAUCCAUUUCUGGAAACACACAUUGAUUUAAUACUCCCGAAAAAGGAUUCAUACCGCAUCGCCAAAUGCCACGAUCAUAUAGAGCUCUUAGUUACGGGGAACGGUGAAAUAGCGUUCUUCCGCCACCGUGAAAGUCAAUGGAUGCCUACUUUACGACUAUUACACAAGUUUCCAUACUUUGUGACUAUGCAACAAGUAGAUAAGGGUGCAAUAAGAUUCGUAUUGAGUGGUGCGAAUAUAAUGUGUCCUGGCCUCACGUCACCUGGCGCACAGAUGACGCCUGCCGAUAAAGGAACUGUUGUAGCUAUAAUGGCGGAGGGUAAAGAGCACGCAAUUGCUAUUGGCAUUACUACUUUGUCUACAGAGGAUAUCUCAAAAGUCAAUAAGGGAGUAGGAGUGGAAAACUUCCAUUACCUUAAUGAUGGUCUGUGGAAAAUGAAAGUUGUAAAGUAAAAAUUGGUUUAUAUUAUCUGAUAUGAUUAAAUAGAUAAUCGGAUAAGUUAGCCUGAAAUGUUUUGUAUUAAUAAUAUCGUAUUGUUUCAGUCUAGUUUUUUUGAUAACUGUCAACUUUAAAUAAAUUGAUGUAUGUAGGUAUA